UGGGCUAUUGCUUCCCGCUCUGGAGAAGCCCCGUGUCUGCGACAGUGCUCCUCAGCCCAGGGGGUCCCAAAUGCUGCAGAGUUCAGGGUCACAAGGGGCUCCUGGAGAGACACGGCUCGGUGAGGAGCAGAGCCUCCUUGGCUUUGACCUUCUCUAUUCUCCAUCUGUCCAGGAGAGCAGAAAGACUUGCUUUAUCCUGCUCACCCUUCUCAGACCCUGUCAGUCCCUAAGCUCAUGGGCGCAGUGGGAGCCUCUUUUUGGGAAGGUACAAGAACAAGGGGAGAGCUGCUUUUUGACCAGGACCUGCUGGUGUCAGAGUGGCCUGAGGCCCUGGUCCCUGCCUCCCGCCCCGCUCCCGGCUGCUCUGGGGAGGAACAGCCCUGCUGUCCGUGUGCUCCAGCUGCUGGGACUGGAGCACAGGUGCAGAGAGGGGCCCUUGGGAGUAGGGGAAAGCAGGGGCAUCAUCGUGAUGCCUUCUGCUUCUGUUAAAAAACUGUUUUGCACCUUGAGAAGCGAACCUGACCCCAGAGGUCUGGGUUUUCCCACUGCCGGUGAUUAAAAGAGCCCGACCUAUGGUUAGUGGCAGUGGGGUGUGAUACUGGUUCUCCUGUCUCUGCAGCUCGCAAGAGAGGAAAGAGCUCUGGCUGGACGCCAUCCUCAGGCAGAGGAGCAGAGCCCAGGAAAUGCUGGUGACACCAUUGCCCUCGAUUCAUGUCCCCGUGGACAUCUUGGACCUCAGUGGAUCUCCAGUGAUGUUAACUGCUCAGACCAUCAAGACUUUGGUUCAGUGCCAGGCAAAAAGUAUCCCACAUCAGUGUCCUCAGACUCCAAGGCACAGAGACCACCUCAGGAGAGCCCUGGCCAAGCAGCGAGUGCAGGAGCAGCUGGAGCCAAAAGCACCUGAGCCUGAGGAUGGCAGAGCAUAUACUGGUGUGCAGACAGAGUUGUGUUCAGAUGAGCCUGGGGACCACGGAAUAAAGACGGAGAUGGUGUGUCAGGCAGACGUGCACCUUGAGCAACCACCCUCUUUGCUCUGCAGCCUGGCAGAAGAAGGAGGAGCUGUGGCCCGGCAAGCUAAAGGAGGAGAGAGGAACCAUGUGAAGGCUGGUAGACACCGCUGCAGGCCCUCUGCAAAGACAGCAGCUUUGGGCAUUUACUGUGCAGGUCUUGGCUGAGCUUUUUGACUCGACCUUGUACAUCGUUUGUGAGUGACUGUUCUUAUGACCCUGCUGAGAGAGGACAUUCCAAGAUUCCAAGAUUCCAGUAUUAUGAAGAGGAGCAAAAUAAGAUGGAAGUGUAAUAAGACACAUCUGUGUGCAGGGUUGUGAAAAGGUUUUUAUUAUGCUGUUUAGAAAAUCUCUCCUCCUAAAUUGAUAUUACAGCUG